AAUGGAGUUGUUGUUUAAGGGACCCAGAUAUCGACUGAUUCAGAAACAGGGGCCCAAUCCUUGACUUUCCGCUGGUAGCCUCGAUCGUCUCUUCAAAAGUGGCAAAUCAACUAACAGGGAAUUCCCCUUAUUGACCAACCAGAGAUCGUGAGAAUUCCCUGACAUGGAAGUCCACCAUCUGAUGCAGCGUGCAAACGUACUUUUAUUUUCUGUGGUAGCCCAGAGCUGACAACAUGUGCCUGUGGUUUGAAUGAAGACUGGAAUAAAACAUCCAACUGAAGCCAUGAUGUUCGCACAAAGGACAUUUGGAUCUUCAUUCUUGGCCCGCAACAAACUUAGACAGCUAUUUCAAACCUGUGCUGCUUUGAGUCACCAUGACGCUAGGAUGUGUACUAUUUUUGCUGUAUCUUCUGCCCCUGGUAAGGCUGGAUUGGCUGUUCUUAGGAUAUCAGGCAGCAAAGCUGCUGAGGCAAUUAGGCAGUUAGGAAGGCUGAAAAAAUUACCACCUGAACGAAAAGCAACACUUAGACUGCUGUACAGACCACAGACCCAAGAAGCAAUAGACAGAGGCCUGAUGCUGUGGUUCCCAGGUCCUCGUAGUUAUACAGGAGAAGACUGUGUAGAAUUUCAUGUGCACGGCGGACCUGCAGUUGUGGCAGCCAUGCUAGAAGCUCUUGGAGAGUUACAGGAAUUUCGUCAUGCUGAACAAGGAGAGUUUACUAAACGGGCCUUUUUGAAUGGGAAGCUGGAUUUGACGGAGGUAGAGGGGUUAGCUGAUCUGAUUGAAGCUGAGACAGAGAGCCAGCGUAAGCAAGCACUGAGACUCGUGGAAGGAGAACUUGGCCAGAUGUACAAUGAGUGGAGAGAAGUAUUAAUCAAGUCUUUGGCAAAUGUUGAAGCUUUCAUUGAUUUUGAAGAAGAAGACAACAUUGAACAUAAUGUCAUGGUUCAAGCUGAGAAAGAUAUCCAUGAUCUGAAAGCCAGCAUUGAUGCCCAUCUGUCAGACAGUCAGCAAGGGGAACGACUUCGCUCAGGUGUUCACGUGGCAAUCCUGGGGCAGCCAAAUGUGGGCAAGAGUUCUCUUCUAAAUGCUAUAUGUCGAAGGCCGGCAGCAAUUGUAUCACCAAUAGCAGGGACAACAAGAGAUGUGAUCGAGACCUCCCUCAACAUAGGUGGAUACCCUGUAGUGAUCGGUGACACCGCAGGGUUACGGGACACGGAAGAUUCCAUUGAGAAGGAAGGAGUGAGAAGGGCAUUGAACAGAGCUGAACAGUCAGACCUGAAGAUACUUGUGGUGGAUGCGGACUCAAGUCUACCUUGUACUCUUACAAGCAACACAUUGGACUAUCAUGUUCAGACGUAUCUUAAUACCCUAGGCCUCAGCGACACAAAAAUGCUGUCCAAGACUUGUGCUUCGGGGACUGAAGAACAUCUUAAGGAAAGCAAUCCUAAUCUGAAAGAUUUAAUUCUUGUGAUUAAUAAAUGUGACCUGCUUUCCAUCGAUGACGUGAAAAGGCUUGAGCAGCUACACGUUCAGUUUGAAAGCUUUCCUGUUUGUGUGGUGUCCUGUGUUACUGGGCAAGGCUUGGACACAUUUUUACAGAUGUUGCUUCUUCGAGUGAAAGAAUUGUGUGGUAACCCGCUGUCAGGAGGCCCCAGGCUAACACAGGCCCGCCACAGAACGCAUCUGACGCUUUGUUCCCGUCACCUGACAGGUUACCUGGAGAGUCAAGACGAUGAUGUUGUUCUCGCCGCGGAAAAUUUGAAGAAAGCAGCCCAGGAGUUGGGCAAAGUGAUUGGCAAGAUUAGCCCUGAGGAUAUCCUUGAUGUCAUUUUUCGAGAUUUUUGCAUCGGAAAAUAAAUUGUUUACACUUAUGAAUAAUUCUUAGUAUUCUAUGCUGGUUAGACCAGGAGUUGUGAAGCAAGUCUACAUGUAACGGUUUGAAAGAAAGUUGCUGUUGACUUCUCCUGUGCUCUGCCUGAAUUUCUCCACCCAUAAACCUGAUCACUGUCAUUAGGAGGGAAAUAUUCUGGAUUGCAAUGUAUAAUCAAAAUAAACAA